AAUGAUUUUUUUCUUCCAAAAGACGACAGCACUUUAGUAGCUGCGUGACCUCCAUGAUGUCAGAAUGUCAUUGUGCAACCGUAGCUAAGAAAAGCCUCCGAGAAAAAACAAAGGAGCUUUGCAUCUCCCACUAACAUGAGAUGUGCAUAUACAGAAAGCGCAGCAAAUGCAUCUAGGAUCUAAUGUGCUAUGUGAAAUCUUUCUCCGUCAAGAGGAUGUUGCUGUAGUCAAUCCAGCCUUUCUCCAAUAAGCAAGAAGAUUGUUUUGUUUUCAUCGGCAGGCGGACUCAGCUAUCGCACAGACAGAUUCUGAUAAGAGUUUGAAAUGCCUACUACUGUAUCGUUGUAGAAUUUGGAGUUUGCUAACAGUGCUAGUGACUGGAGCUCAUCUUGCAUCACCAGUUGAUGACAAUUUUCUUUGUUCCCUCCCACCCAGUUGAACCAAGACUCUGUAGCCGAUAUGCAAUGUCACUUACAACAUUAAUCAGAUACUGCAUUUAAGUUCUCCUGAUCAUGGUCUAUUCAAGCUGCUUCCCAUCUGAUUUUUGACAACGGCUUCUAAAAAUUAUCAAGAAGACCGAGAAUUCAGUUUGUCUCCAUCGCUUUACGUAAAAAUGGCUGGGUGCAUUGCCACGCUAACACUGCACUAAGUGGUACAUGCAGACUGACACAGAGGAGCCACAGAGGUCCCACGAUCGCUGAGAUGAUUUUGCCGGGCAUAUCUGUUGACACCAGUUUAAAAAGACAGUAACAGACAAACAACCUGAAUCUAGGUAAAUGACAGUCAUGUCGCAUUCAAAGGAUCUCAAGGAUGACUUCCACAGUGACACUGUACUUUCCAUUUUAAAUGAACAGCGCAUUCGGGGUAUUUUAUGUGAUGUCACCAUAAUUGUGGAAGAUACCAAGUUUAAAGCCCAUAGUAAUGUGCUGGCAGCUUCAAGCCUCUAUUUUAAAAACAUUUUCUGGAGUCGUACUAUCUGCAUUUCAGGUCAUGUACUGGAGUUAGACGAUCUCAAAGCUGAAGUGUUUACAGAAAUUCUUAAUUACAUCUACAGUUCCACAGUAGUUGUUAAAAGACAGGAGACUGUAACAGACCUUGCAGCUGCAGGGAAAAAACUGGGAAUAUCAUUUCUAGAAGAUCUUACAGACGUUAAUUUUUCAAGUUCCCCCUGCCCCUAUGCAUACUGUAUCAAUGAAAAGGGAACUGUCAAAGAGGAAAAACAUGAAAAGAGACACGAAGACUCAGCUGUCACAAAUGGACCACGAAUUACAAAUGCAUUCUCAAUUUUUGAAACCGAGAAUAGUGUGUUUUCUCCACUCGAUUUGAGAGCAAGCUUCAAAAAGGUAUCUGAGGCAAUACAAACACCCACCACCAGCCUUGACAGAAGUGAGGCUUGCAAAGAUGCUGAAUCAGCCAGUACAUUAGCUGAACACUCAUAUGCAGUUUCUUCAGGGGGAGAUAUUUUUCAAGGUACAUCUUUUUCUGAACAGGACAACAGCCCUUCAUAUAAGAUGGGUGAAGAGCAUUAUGAAAAUGUCAAAGCUACACCACUCAUACAGCCAGGAAAACAGACCUGUGGUACUCCUAAGACUGCCUUUAAGGCCCAGAGCGCUGGCCUGGCUGUAGCAAAAGCGUCAGCCUCUACAGUAUCCAAUACAGAAGUCCAACAUGAAGCUGUUGCUGAUCAAACAAUUAUUUCUUUUCCAAAACCUCAAAAUAAAGCUGGGGAUUUCCAGUUACCCAGAGAAGAAGAAAAUAAAUCUGCUAACAUCCCUGUAUCUGUGGCAACUGUAGUUCCACCUGUUUUCAACUGUAACUGCUGUACAAAAUCAUUCAAUGACAGAGCUUUGCUCAGUACUCAUCUUCAGCUCCAUUCAGAGCACCAGGAAACUUUCAUAUGCAAAUACUGCAGCAAACAAUUUGCAAAUCUAAAUAUACUGGAAAGUCAUGAACAAGUCUGUAUGAGAUCAAGUAGUUUAUCUGUUCACAAUGGAAGUGAACAAAAUUUUUCAGAUAAUUAUACUGCUACAGAUGGAAGGAAUGGCAAUUCAUAUGCAAACACAGAGCCUCUAUUGUCUGAAAACAGCAUAACUGAUUAUUCUAAUGCAAACUGCACUUUACCAGAAACAGAUCAUUUAGUUAAAGUUGUUGAUGGGCAGAUAUUAUAUACUUGCAUAGUUUGCAAGCGUAGUUAUGUAACACUGUCUAGUCUUCGGAGACAUGCAAAUGUACAUUCAUGGAGAAGAACAUAUCCUUGCCACUACUGCAACAAAGUUUUUGCAUUAGCUGAGUAUCGCACCAGACAUGAGAUCUGGCACACAGGAGAAAGACGAUACCAGUGCAUUUUCUGUCUGGAGACUUUUAUGACUUACUAUAUACUAAAAAAUCAUCAAAAGUCUUUCCAUGCAAUUGACCACCGUCUCUCAGUAAAUAAAAAAACAGCCAAUGGAGGCUUAAAACCAAGUAUGUAUCCAUAUAAGCUUUAUCGACUUUUACCCAUGAAAUGCCGGCGACUACCUUAUAAGUCCUAUCGAAAUUCUUCAUAUGAAAGUGUUCAAGCAAGCAGCCAGGUUAAUGAAUCUACUUCUAGUAACUGUUUCAUUCCAAAUUCUCUUACUUCUGACUUACCGUCACUGAAUUUUCAAAGCAACAUACUGACAAACAACAGAACUCUUGCCUUGGACACCUCUUCACGUAAUGAUACAGCAGCUUCUACAAAUACUCAGAAUUCUUCCUCCUGGGGAGUGGGUAUAUUAAAUUCUGACCUGCAAAGUAACUUUUUCACCCGUGAAAAAACAGUUUCCACUGCUGCAAAUGCUUCCAGUUCUCAGGAACGUGAUUCCUCAAUUGUGUCUUUCACUAAUAUGAAAGAGAAUUCAACCUCUGUCAUCAGUUACAGCAGUUCUGCACCUUCUGUUAUAAUGCACAGUAGCAGAGUUUCAUCAGUAAUAAUGCAUAGUAAAACAGUCACUUCCAUAGAAAACAAUAAAGCAGAAUCUUCAAAUAACCUACCUAGUCAAUCUAUAAGUGAUGAUUGUAAAUAUGGGUCAGAUAAUUAUGGCAAAUGCAUUACUAAAUCAAAAACUAUUAAGGAGAAAAAGAAAACACUGCUGUACAACAGAGCAGAAACGAGUGAGGAUACGCAGUACAUCACAGGAGCUGGAGGUACAUCUAGCAAAACAACAAAUACUGUUCAAGAGUCAAGUAAAACUGAAACAUACAUUGCAAAGCCCGCCUUACCUGGAACGUCUACUGACAGUAAUGUUGCUCCUCUUUGUCAAAUAACAGUAAAAAUUGGUAAUGAGGCUAUUGUGAAAAGGCACAUUUUAGGAUCUAAGUUGUUUUGUAAAAGGGGUCGAAAGUCUAGAUAUGAGUCUACACAGGACAACCUAGUCGAGGAGUCGGAAGUGGAGGCAAAAGAAAGAAGCCCAUCUCAGCUCUACAGUGCGGAAUGCAUGGAGCUGCCAGAAAUGUGUGAUGAUGUGAGUGAUCAGGAUUCCAACGAUAAGCCCUGGAGACCUUAUUACAAUUACAAACCAAAAAAGAAAUCUAAACAGCUAAGAAAAAUGAAAAAGACUAAAUGGAGGAAAAAGCAUGGAUACAAGAACUCCAUUAAGGAAAGUCACAACACAUGCAGCCGAGAGUAUGCACUGAGGAAUGCACCUGAGGAAAAGGGCAUCAGUCAAGAGGAAAACCCCAAGAUGCCCAAUCUUCACUGUGAGCUCUGUGAAACAGACAAAUCUACCACCGCAGAAAGUCAAGAACACAUACACUGGCAUGUAGCUACUUCGAAGCCUUACAUUUGUGAAUUAUGCCAAAAACAAUUCCAAAGUCCAUCCACCCUAAAAAUGCAUAUGAGGUGUCACACUGGGGAAAAGCCCUACACCUGCAAAACCUGUGGUAAGUGUUUUUCCAUUCCUGGGAAUCUACAGAAGCAUGAACGUAUUCAUUUGGGGGUCAAAGACUUUGUCUGCCAGUACUGUAAUAAGGCAUUCACUUUAAAUGAAACGCUCAAAAUACAUGAAAGAAUUCAUACUGGAGAAAAGCGGUACCACUGUCAGUUCUGCUUACAGAGUUUCUUGUAUCUUUCUACCAAAAGGAAUCACGAGCAAAGGCACAUACGUGAGCAUAAUGGAAAAGGAUAUGCUUGCUUUCAAUGCCCCAAAAUUUGCAAGACAGCAGCUGCUCUGGGAAUGCACCAAAAGAAACAUCUAUUCAAAAACCCAGGCUCACAAGAUAGGAAAGAACAUUUUUGCAAUACAAGUGCUAAACUCUUGGAAAAUCAACAUUUUCUUGGCUCAGAAGGGAAUGAAGUGAAAAAUAUACAAAAUAUAACUCCAGAAGUUAUACUCUGAGUGACAGUUGUACAAAAGAGGAGAAAAAUCCAAAUAUGUAUAUUGGAAAAAAUAUAAAGGCAUUGAAUGGGGAAACUUUUCCACUCAAAUCAGUAUCAUUUACAAAAAUAAAGAUCAAAGUUCUUCAUCUAAAUGUAUGUCAAUAUAUGCAAAAGAGGAAGGGGAAAAAUCAUUGAAAAGAAAAACUGGUAUUUUGCAAUAAUACAAACCUAAUGUGAAAGAGAAUGAGGGUCUGACCCAAACUACUUUUGCCACAAUAGACUUCUAAUAUACAUAUAGAGAGAGAGA